UGGGGAGAAGAGGGAGUGACGUCGUCCAUCACCGCCCGUGUUUGACGUUUCUUUUCCCGAUUGCUAUUUGUUAAAGUUUAGAGGCGAAAUUUCCACCCUGCCUUCCGCUGGACGCUCAAAAAAUGUUUCGGACCUCUUCAACUUUUGACAAGCUUUUAGACAGGGCAACUAGCAACCUUCGUUUGGAGCCUGACUGGCCCGCAAUCAUACAAAUAUGUGAUUUGAUUCGCCAGAGUGACGUUCCGGCGAAAUAUGCACUGACUGCCAUCAAGAAGAAAAUCUACCAUGCGAAUCCACACGUGGCCAUGUUUGGACUGCAGGUGCUUGAGUCGGCUGUAAAGAAUUGCGGCAACUUGAUCCAUGACGAGAUAGGCACUCGAGCGUACAUGGAGCAGAUGCAGGAAUUGGUCAAAAGCUCGCCUCAUGAGAAUGUUCGCAACAAAUGCUUGGAGUUGUUGCAAGUUUGGGCCCAUGCGUUCCGCAACUCUGCCAAAUACCGACCAGUCCAGGACCAGGUCAAUAUUCUCAAGACCGAGGGCUACCAGUUCCCAGCGCUCAAGGAGAGUGAUGCCAUGUUCUCUGCUGACACAGCUCCAGAAUGGGCUGAGGGCGAAUGUUGCCAUCGCUGCCGAGUGCAGUUCUCAAUGAUGCAAAGAAAGCACCACUGCCGAGCGUGCGGACAAGUGUUUUGCAACCAAUGCUCAGCAAAGACCUCCACCCUGCCCAAGUUCGGCAUCGAAAAAGAAGUCCGAGUUUGUGAGUCAUGCUUUGAGAAAGUCAACAAGCCUGGGCCUGCGAUUAAGGGCAGUGAGGCAGAACUGCCAGCUGAAUAUCUAGCCAGCACAUUGGCUCAGCAAUCACAGACCCCUGCUAAAAAAACUGAGGAAGAGUUGAGGGAGGAAGAAGAGUUUCAGUUGGCAUUGGCACUGUCAAAAUCUGAGGCCGAAGAGAAGGAAAAGGAGCGUGAGAAACAAAGAAUGCGUACGGAAAUGAUCAACUCGGCUUACAAACAGUCGCAGAACAGUCCAAGCAAGCAGCUGGAAACCGAGUUGAAGUUAGACAAUGGAGAGAACACUGGCGAACUGGCUCGCUACUUGAACAGAGGGUAUUGGGAGCAGCGACAGGAAGGUCUGCCCAGCGCUCCUGCUACAGCCAGCACCACUUCCUUGGGGUCUCCCGUGCACCUGAGCCCUCGCAAGUUCCAGGAAAACGGAGGCAAUGAAAAUUUAGAGGACUUCAUCCGAACCCUGCGAAGCCAGAUUGAAAUUUUUGUAAACCGCAUGAAGAGCAACUCGAGUCGCGGUCGUAGCAUCGCCAACGAUAGUUCGGUCCAGACGUUGUUCUUGAACAUCACCUCCAUGCAUUCUCAACUGCUGAAGCACAUCACUGAGGAAGAAGACAGGCGCAUCCACUUUGAAGGCCUGCAGGACAAGUUGGCGCAGUUGCGAGACGCCAGAGCUGCUCUAGAUGCGCUUCGAGAGGAACACCGAGAAAAGCUGCGGAGGCAGGCUGAGGAGCAAGAUCGCAUCAGGCAGAUGCAGAUGGCGCAGAAAUUAGACAUGAUGAGGCAGAAGAAACAGGAGUACCUGCAGUACCAACGACACUUAGCUUUGCAACGCAUUCAGGAGCAAGAACGAGAGAUGCAAAUGCGCCAGGAGCAGCAGAAGCAGCAUUACAUGGCGAUGGGCUCUGGUUAUCCCUUCCCGCCCCAGCACUAUCCUCCUGAGCAGUACGGCGCGAUGCCGCCUCCGCCGCACGCGAUGUCUCCAGCCAGUCACUACCCACCUUACCCUGACUACCAGCAGUACCAGCCUAGAAUGAUGAUGCAGCCCCCGAUGGGGUCCAUGCCGCCGCAAAUGGGCCCCCCGACCACUCAACCGCAGGCCAUGCCCAUGGGUGCUGCUCCGUCAGGGGCUCCUCAGAUGCCCCCUGGAGUGCCGAUGGGUGUCCCUGCUGGACAAAUGCCACCACCCGGGGCGCCGCAGCAGAUUCCACAGGGCAUGAUCCACCAGGGUAUGCCCCCAGGUGCCCAAUUGCCUCCUCCUGGUGCUAUGCAGAUGCAACCACCUUCUGGAUACGCGCAGCAGCCACAAAUGGGACAACCGAUGAUGCAGCCACCCUACGGACAACCCUCUCCUAUGAUUUCUCCCCAACACGCUCCUCAAAUGCAGCAGCAGCAGCCACCCCCGCCCCAGCAACCUCCUAACACCCAGACUGCGGAGCUCAUCAGCUUUGACUAAUUUUAUGCUAAAUUUUAUGAAAUAUAUGCAAGUUUGUUUCUACCUUGUGAUUUGAUGGUAAUAGGGGUUGAGGGCUGCGCUAGAGCCGAUUUUUAUUCUUCAAUGUGAAAUGCAUUUUAGUUGUACAACGCAUAUUAAACUAUAUUAUUCCAUUGCAAAA